AUGAGUUACCAUGGCCUCACGUUGAAUUCCUUUACAUUCAGUGGCCACGAUCAGUAUGACUUCACAAACCCCAAUCUGCAGCGCAGUACUGUAGCCGCCAUAGUUGCCUCGUCGAUUUUUUUCCUCUAUUGCAUCUUUCCAUAUUUCAGCUCAUUGCCUCUUACGAUUUGUCAAUAUCUGUGGAACAUACUCAUCUACAUGAUUCCAUCUCGCAUAGUGGCGGCGCUCGAUGCAGGAAACAAGGACACCGACACAGAUCCUUCGUCCAGGUAUCCCAGCUUCCACGCGAAGGAGCAGGCGAUGCGACGCAUAACCGGAUUCGACAAGACCUCUCUAGAUUCCAUAUUGCCACGUGCGCGAAGCCUGUCGAGCUUGGGAACUGCUCUUUUGGGCGGCAGAGAAUACAUUCCGCCUGGCCUUGGGAAUUGGGACAAUUCUUGCUACCAGAAUAGCGUCAUACAGGGACUAGCAUCUCUCCAAUCGUUUGCCAACUAUCUGGAUCGCAAUCUCCGUAAAUUAGACGCUCGAAGCCGGCUGUCGGCGCACAAUGCCCUCAGGGAUACUUUAGCAAAAUUGAAUGAUCCGGCGAAUCAUGGUCAGAAACUAUGGAUACCAUCAGAACUGAAAUCCAUGAGCAGUUGGCAGCAGCAGGAUGCUCAAGAGUAUUUCUCGAAAAUCGCGGACCAACUGGAUAGAGAGGUUCGGGAGGCGUCAAGAUUAUUUACUACUAAUCCUGGGCUGAGCAUGGACGGUCAACGUGGAAGUUUCCUGAUUUCUUCGAAGAUACUUGGGAAUGAAAAGCUGGUGGGGCGCCAUGCUGAGCAGCUAGACUAUAUGCAUAACCCUCUCGAGGGCCUUCUCGCUCAGCGCGUAGGCUGCAUUAGUUGUGGAUGGACUGAGGGCUUAUCGCUUAUUCCCUUCAAUUGCUUGACUGUUUCUCUUGGAAGGAAGAGAGAAUAUGAUAUUCGAGAAUGUCUCGAUGACUAUAUGGCUUUGGAAACCAUUGAGGGUGUGGAAUGCGCCAAAUGUACACUAUUACGUGCGCAAGAACAGCUCAAUCGUCUCCUGAUUGAUAUCGACAAAGAUGAAGACCUUGGGAAGGGCUCCCAGGUACCCAACCUUUCGUCUACAUUGAAAAACUCUGCCGAAGCACGCCUCCAGGCUGUCCGAGAAGCCUUGCACGAAGAAGAUUUCAACGAGAAAGCGUUAUCAAAGAAAUGCCAUAUACCUUCAAAGAACAGAGUCUCGGCAACUAAAUCCCGUCAGGCGGUCAUUGCCAGAGCUCCAAAGAAUUUGGUGCUCCACGUCAAUCGAAGUGUUUUUGAUGAGGAAACUGGUGCUUUGCGGAAGAACCACGCUGAUGUCCGAUUUCCAGCCGUUAUUGAUCUAGGCGAUUGGUGUCUUGGGACUCGCAAUCUGGGCAAAGGAAAAGACUCGCCAGAAGUCUGGGAUCUAGAUCCCCAGUCUUCAAUGUUACCAACCUCAGGCGCCAGGAACGAAAUAAUCCAUCGUAAAUAUGAGCUGCGAGCUGUUCUAACACAUUUCGGAAGGCACGAGAAUGGGCAUUAUAUCUGCUUUAGGAAGUUUUCAGCUAAAGAUUUCCCGGUCGGUGCCUCUGAGGACGUGGGUAGUGAGAAGGAGGCGAGCCAUAGGUGGUUCCGCCUCAGUGACGAAGAUGUUCGAUGUGUUAGUGAGCAAGCAGUACUCGGUCAGGGCGGCGUUUUCAUGCUGUUCUAUGAGUGCGUCGAGGAAACAGGGUCGAAUUACCAGAGCCAAUCGAUGGGACCUGGUGACGGAAACACGGAGGUGGAGAAUUCACAACCACCCGAAUCAUCGGAUACUCAAGAAUCUAACAAGGCACCCGGCGAUACCAAUCUUGCCGCCUUCACAGAAAACGGGAUGUUCUUAGCUGAAUCAAAGACAUGCAGUUUUGAAACGCCAGGUACCAGCUCGGACACUCAGUUCUCAUCAUCUCCCCCCGACCCAAUGAUCUUAUUUCAUGGGAAUGUAAAACAUCAAGAGUUGCCAAACGGUCAUCCAAUUGCAGCUUGA